UCUUUAUUAUUUUUAUAUCAAACGGGGGUAUUUUAUUCUAGUCAGUAUAAUAUGUACAAGUGUUAAUUAACAGAAAGAAAUUUGUAUCGCAGUCCUGAAUUAUUGUUCAUUAUUUUGCGCAGAAUCAUCUUUACGUUGAUCCCGCAUGCUGUGCACUGUGUCAAUCGGCGUACUACCUAUGCAAGCUGCACCAUAGUGCACAUUUUUUUAUUGUGUUUGCCAUACAUCGUGUUUGUAAUAAGAUUAUAAAAGAAAUAUGGCUGCCUACAUCAAUCGCACAAUGGUACAGUCGUCCAUGAUUGGAGGGGACAGCCAACUUCGAUCAGCAGAUGUUAGAACUGAUAAUUCUCCUCUACAGAUAUUUGUUAGAGCAAAGAGAAGAAUAAACGAUAUAUUUGUCAACAUCGACAAAUAUGUGGAAGAAACCGUAGAAUUUAUGACAUCGUUACAAAAUGAUUGCAAUAUCGUCAACGUGGAAGAAGCAGCAAAGGUGACAGGUUACGUCGAUAAAGUGCACGCGAUAAGGGAUGUCCUUCAAAGGGAUCACAUGAAAGUUGCGUUUUUCGGCAGGACAAGUAAUGGGAAAAGUACCGUUAUCAAUGCCAUGCUCGGCGAUAAAAUUUUACCAAGUGGGAUAGGACACACCACAAAUUGCUUCCUGCAAGUGGAAGGCUCGGACGAUGGAGAAUCGUAUCUCAUCACGGAAAGUUCCACCGAGAGGCAACCAGUUCAAUCCGUUGGGCAGCUGGGUCACGCUCUCUGCAAAGAGAAACUAUGCGAGAGUCAUUUAGUAAGAAUAUUCUGGCCGAAAGAGAAGUGUUUAUUACUCCGGGAUGAUGUGGUGUUCGUUGAUAGUCCAGGAGUGGAUGUGACGCCAAAUCUUGAUGAAUGGAUCGACAAACAUUGUCUGGAUGCAGAUGUUUUCGUCUUGGUGGCAAAUGCUGAAUCUACUUUGAUGGUUACGGAAAAAAAUUUCUUUCACAAAGUAUCCACAAAAUUAUCGAAACCAAAUAUAUUCAUUCUAAAUAAUCGAUGGGACGCCUCUGCUUCUGAACCAGAAUUCUUUGAUCAGCUGGUCAAAGAGCAAAAGGAGGUGAGAGCGCAACAUCAGGAGCGUGCCGUCGACUUUUUAUCGAGGGAGUUGAAAGUCUACAAUCCGAAGGAUGCCGAGAAACGUGUGUUUUUCAUUUCGGCGAAGGAGACUCUUCAGGCCCGUAUGCAGGAACAACGUGGUCAACCUGCUCACAAUGGUGCACUGGCGGAAGGUUUCCAAAGUCGAUACUUCGAGUUUCAAGAUUUCGAGAGAAAAUUCGAAGAGUGCAUCUCAAAGUCUGCGGUGAAGACGAAAUUUGAGCAGCAUUCUCAACGUGGUAAACAGAUCACGACCGAGAUACGUAAGUCAUUGGACGAGAUUUUGGAGCGGACACAAAGAAUGCGAGGUGAACAAUUGAACGGGCAGAGGGAGGUCAAGGACAAGUUGAGUUUCACGAAAAAUCAGUCGGAGUUGUUGACUGAGGAAAUGAAGCAUAAAAUCUGUCGCAUAGAGGAGGAUGUGCAGCAAAGGAUCUCCAAAGCUUUGAGCGAGGAAAUUCGCCGGUUAUACGUUCUAAUAGAUGAAUUUCACGUUCCAUUUCAUCCUGAGCCACUGGUCUUGAACGUGUACAAACGGGAGCUUCAUGCAUACGUGGAAAAUGGCUUGGGUUCAAAUUUACGGGCUAGACUCAGCACUGCCUUAGCACUGAAUAUGGAAGCCUCGCAGCGAGAGAUGACCGAGAGGAUAGCAAGUUUAUUGCCCGAGGACAAGAGGCAAAUGCCCCUCGUUCUACCACGGCGGCAGCCGUUCGAGAUAUUAUAUCGAAUAGACUGCGAUAAUUUGUGCGCAGAUUUCCACGAGGAUCUCGAAUUUCGUUUCUCUUGGAGUUUCACGGCGAUAAUCAAUAGAUUCGCGAGGAGGCAAGCCCGCAGAAUAACUACCGCCAGCUAUCAGCAAGAGGUGAGACGCGAUUUAGCAACAUCCCUCUGGGAUUCCCGUAGCAAUCUUCAAGUAAUUGCUGCUUCUGUUCAGAUUCCGUCAAGCAUCGCAUCACCUACGGACAGUACGGACUCCCUAAAGUUCGUUUCGGGUACAUCCGACGAUUGGUCCUUGGCCACCCGUAUAGCUCUCACGUCCGUAACGUCGCAGGGCACGAUGGGUGGUUUUAUCAUGGCUGGUUUUAUGUUGAAAACGAUAGGUUGGAGAUUAAUUGCGGUAACCGGGGCUAUAUAUGGCGCUUUAUAUCUCUACGAACGGCUAACGUGGACUAACAAGGCGAAAGAACGUGAAUUCAAACGACAAUACGUCGGGCACGUUACGCAAAAGCUACGAAUGCUCGUAGAUAUUACUGCCGGAAACUGGAGUCAGCAGGUCCAACAGGAACUCUCCGGGACAUUUGCGCGACUGUCCCACUCAGUGGAUGAAGCAAAAUCCGAGAUGGAGACCGACCUCGACACCAUAGCGAAUACUUUAGCGGUACUGGAGCGAGCAGCAGCUAGGGCGAAGCACCUUCGAAACGAAGCCAACUUUUUAAUAAACGAACUUGAUACGUUCGAUGCAGCUUACUUGGAAGCUCUGGAUUAAGGAUGUCGGGAAUCUGCAGAUUCGUCAGAGUGAUCAGAGUGGCAUUGUCUUCGAAGACAUUUGUGUGCGAUGUAAUUGUUUCAAUUGUGUGAUUAUGAUUCUGUUUUUAUUGAAGGCUAGUAACUGAUGCCCCAUACGUAGAUUAAAUGAUGUGGGCAUUGUAACAUGAUUUAUACAUAUAUAUAUAUAUACACAUAUACAUAGAUUUGGAUUAUCAUUGUACAUUGUUGUCUAGAAAUUAGUUGUUCCUUGUGUAUCGCAUUAGUUAACUUAUUUUUAAAUAAUCAAGUUUAACUGUGCAAUGAUAAUAUGAAAUACAAUCUCUUUUAGUGUACAUGUAAUAAAGAAAUAUCUCUACCU